CCCACGCUGGAUGGUAACCAAAAUUCGUUACUGCACCUGAAUGUUGUGCAACGCAUACCGCAGGAAAAUCCAUCUGGCAUUCGACCACCAAAAACUCAGAAGAUUGAAGCUAGCCGCUGCUGGACCUGCUUCAAAUGUGGCGGGCCUCCCGAGCCCCCUCCUCCGUCGGAGAGUUCACGUGAGCUGAGCUGGGGGAAGCCAGAGUCGGGUCCUGACAAGUUGCAGACUUGGCCGUCCAAAUGCACCGUGGCGUCCGCCAUGGAGUCUACUCUUCCUGUGCAUCCGCCAUCCCGGCUGGUCGACUGGGUCUGCGUGUCUCUGCAGGAACAGAGAAGGAUCGACACUGGCGCUUUGAUGGUGGAUGUCCGUCCUGCAGGCAUCAAGACCCGCAACAGCAGCACAGCUCAUCUGACCACCAACCAAAUGAACAACUUCUUCCACCUGAGCAGUGGGAUGCUCUGCACCAGCAGUGAGGCGUCUCACAGAGACAGCUGCAGCAUAUCCUCACCUAACUGGUCUCUCAACAACACUGAGUACGGCCUGAGCGCUCUGGCUGACAGUUUCUCUGAGCUCUCAGUAUCCUUGGACGCUUACACACCUAUCACACAGCUCCCUCCUAACUACCUGUGCCACCUGUGUUUCAACAAAGGCCACUAUAUCAGAGACUGUCCUCAGGGUCGACCCAAAAGAAGAGGCCUCACUCCCUAUCAAGGGAAAGUCAGAUGCUUUGGUGAGUACAAAUGCCCAAAGUGCAAGAGAAAGUGGAAGAGCGCCAACUCCUGGGCCAACAUGGGACAAGAUUGCAUCAAGUGCCACAUCAGUGUUUACCCGCACAAGCAGCGACCCUUAGAGAAACAAGACAGUCCAGUGGAUCGCACCAAAGAACAUCCGCAGAAGCUCUGUGAGAAGUGCAAAGUCCUGGGCUUCUACUGCCGUCAUACUCAAUAACCACCCUUUAACUGGAUUUAAAGGCCAGUGUUGAUCCAGAGCAUUUGUUUGUUCAAACUGUCACAGUACAAACUGUGAAUAUGGCUUCUCUUCUAAAAGUCAGGUUCUGUUUUCAAAACUACUUAGAAAACCCAUCAUUUUGCAGCAAGGUGUUUUGUAUAAAUACAGAUUAUUGUACGUUUGUAUAUUAUAUUUGCAAAUAACAUCUAGUUUUCUACAAAGUUUUCUACACUGUUUGUACACAAAAUGGAAGGUUCUAUGGUGUUUACAUUCCAUGUUGAGGGAUCUGUGCUUUGUGCUGCUGAUGGAAAGUGUUUAUUGGCUCUGUGGACACAACACUUCAACUGGUUCCUUUCUGCAAGUUGUACAUUAAAAUCUGAUUCUUUAUAUUCGUUAUACCUUGCAUCAUGAAUUACAAUGAAUGUUGGGGAGUAUCCCGAUCCAAGUCGAACCUCUUAUGCCUGGUCAAGUGAAGACAUUUUGACGUCUGUUGUUUCACUUUCAUUCACACAGGUGAGAGAAAGCCAAUAGACUGUCCUCUAGCUUCUACAGUAUAUGCUUUGGAGUUUAUACAGUAAUAUUAACUCACAUCUUAUCAAGACUCCAAGAAACUGUUGCACCUUAGUGCAAAGAAAAGAAAAGUUCUGUUGUGGUCUAUCCCUGAUGUGGUGGGUGGAGCCCACACAAAGACGUAGACAUAAGAGCAAGUUUGUUUUGUCCUCACAUUUGGCCUCAGAUGACCAUACCAGGUCUGGACAGGUGUCCUUCUCUUACCAAGGUUCAAAACCUCAA